GCCUUACAAAGAGUGCAAGGUGCGAGACAGACAUCACUUCCGGUAUAAGAUCGUCUGCUGGAACAGACGAAAGAUAACACUGCAGAAAAAUGAAGAAAGGCAUGUUUUCAAACCAUGUUUCAAGAAGAGAUUUAUUCCUGUAUGGUGGACAAAAGAGUCAGAAGACAGAGAAGUCCACUUUUGUACAGUAUUCCAGUCAGUCACAGGGAGAAUUUUCACAAUGCCAAGAUGGAUUUAAUUCCAGUUGUGGAUCUACAGAUCAGUUGUCUCAAGGGAGGAAGAUGUUUGACAGCUACAACACUCCACAGAACUCCUCCAAUAAAGGCCUGGUAUCCCUGAUGAAGCCUGCCUCCAGUAUGCCAGGAGUCCAUGAACGACCGAAAUUCCAGCAGCAGUUUCAGAGCAACAGACAUAAGGCCAAAGAAAAUGAAGAAAGAGAACUGUUACAGACAAUAUCACAGUCUAUUAGAGAUUGUUCAGAAGAGGUUCAGAAUGUUGUGAAAGUGUUGCCAGAACAUUUAGGGGAUCACAUGCAAAUAUUUGGAGAUUCUCUUACCAAAAUCAUUAACAACAGUCUUAGAGAGCAGAUGGAAAAUGUCAUCUUGACUUUUCAAGAGCAAAAAGAUUCUAGAAAGCAGAUUCAUGAAAUGAAAGGAAUUAUAGAAGAGAAACAAGCCAGGAUAAUUGAGCUCCAAAGACAGCUGGAGCACCAGCAGAAGGUGGGGAGUGACCACUCAGUGGAGAAAGUCACGGAGGUACUCCACAGAAACCAGGAGUUGGUGGACAAACAGCUCCAGAAGCUGACGGAGAGCAGCCAUAUCAUCACCGAGAACCAGCAGAGAAUACUACAGGGCCAGGACCACCAGCAAAGGGCAGGACACCAGCUCCACAAUGAACUACAGAGAAGACUUGAGAGUUUUCCCUCCCAAGUCACAGAGAACAGCAGAUUUGCAGAAGAAAUAAGAUGCAUUAGGAGAGAUCUAGAAAUUCAGAAGCGAGAAGCAUUUGAAUUCUUUCAAGACUCUCUUUCAAAGUGCAAUGAUGAACAGAGGAGAGACAUGGCUAAACAGUUUGAGAAUGAGCUUCAUCGGUCUACUAACACAAUCUGCAAUACAUCCAACAGUGUGGCUAACAUUCAAAGAGAAUACCUCCAAAAUACUCUGAAACAACAACAGGAAGAAUUGAAGGAAUACAUACACUCUCAGUUAAUGAAGUCAAGGGUAGAUAAAUCCAAAGACGAUGUCCUUCAACCUGUCACACAAAAACACACUGAUAAUUCACAAAUUUAUCGAGCACAAUAUAGCAGGUCCAGAUCUGAUACACAUCUAGAGAAUGGAAAAUCUGCUAUUGGUUGUGUUUUGUAUCACCAACAGAACUCUGAACAGAACUAUAGAGAUACCCAGGAACAUAAUUUCAGCUUGACAGAAAGCAAAAGAAGCGAAUCUGGAGGAAAACUGAAAGCUGUUCAACAUAAUUUUAUGUCUCCAAAGGAGAACAGAUAUCCAGAACAAGCCAAAACAUUUUUCCAGAGACCCAAUCCUUCUCCAGUGGCCACAGUUCUACCCCAGCCCCAAGGUCUGGUACAACCUAGGAUAGGAAGGACUGUACAGAGAGACACCAGGACACCUGAUGAAGAACAGCUGACAAGUAGAAAUUCUUGGAGGAAAAGCAGGAAGAAGACAAAUAUCCCCACCAGGAGAUCUCAGAGACUUGCAAGCUCUACACAGGAAUCUCAGAACAGUUCUCAGGAUGAUUAUGUCUAUGCUUCACAAACACAUGAAAAAACUCGAACACAAUCGCCUUAUUCUUCUGAUGAGUCUCAGCAUCACAUUGCUCCAUCUUAUGCCAAGAAACCUAGAUAUGACAGCCAGAGAAGGGAGGAUGUGCCAAGUUUGUCUAAAACAUUUACUCACUCUUCUAUGUAUCAAACCGCAGUUAAUCCUGUGUAUGAGUACAGAAGCAGUACAAAAUCCAAUGUUAAACCUCUAUCAAAGAAGUUUGGUGAAGAAGAUGCUGAUGUUUUCCAAUUUUCUGAUGAAAAUUCUAAUUCCCUGGCUAGGAGACAAAAAGGAACAUCUUCAAGUUUAAAUAGAAGACAUGUAAGUCAGGUUGACAAUGACAUUGAAGAGCAUCUUGACUCUUCUCCCUCUGUGUCUAUCACCAAAAUCAUGAUCAAGAGGAAAUCCCGCAAAGAUUCGCCAGCAUCAUCUGUGUUUAGCAACUUCAGGACAUAUGCUCGAUCCCAAUCGCGCCAAACUUCUGCAGCCACUCCUCAAUACAAACAGUCUGAAAAUGGCUGGAAAGUCAACAGAGGGGACGUGCUGAUGCAGAGACAGGCCAGCUACAAGAGGAAGAUGAUGCAGGUGGAUGAUGACCUUCUGGAACUGUCGCAUCGCAUCCAGGUCCAACUCAAGAGGCGGUGCUAAUGACCCAGGACCAACUCAAGAGGCGGUGCUAAUGACCCAGAUCCCGCUCAGAUCCAGGACCUGCUAGAGAGAUCCUGCUAAGAUCAAGCUGCUCAUGUUUUGCCCUAAGUUUCCACACGACUCGCUCCAGUAUUAUUGUGAAAUAAUACAUGAUAUUGUACAUUUAUCUAUUUUCUUUCAUUGUAAUGACAUAACGUGAAAGGCUUUUGUAUUUCUGUUUUCUUAAGUAUUUGCUGACUUUAAAAAUAAUGGUGGAUCCAUUUGUCAUCAAAGCUGAUGCCUGUGAUAUGUUGAUGCCCUGCUGGCAACAAGAAGAUUUAGCAGUGAUAGUUAUGUCUCUUUUUAAUUACCAGUUAAAGUAUAUUUUCUUGUUGAAUAGGUAGUUUUCAUAAGACUACCUUCAGGUUGUAUGAUGUGUUAACUUUUUUUUAUUUGUUAAUUCAAUAAAAUGUUCUUAAAAAUUAA